AUUUUCAGUACCCCAAAAGCUCUUGCUUCCAUAUUUUUCUUUUUUUUAGAUCCUUUAAUAUCUUAGGUUAUGAAAGAUGGGUUGUUAUAAUUACCGGUACUAUUAUUUGAGUUGAUUUUAUCUUAUAUUUAUUUUUUGAAUUUUAAUAUCCAUCUCUUAAUUGUUUAUUAUUCUUCUUCUGAUAAUUAUUAUUAUUACCAAUGCUAAACCAGAAAUCCAUAUGUAUUUCCGUAUAGUAACGGAGGAUGUAUUUAUGGAGCAGGACCCGGAGCCGAUCACUGGUUUAGUUAUUCUUGUCUGAUUGAUGGGUAUUACUAUUGUUGGAUUUUGCUCCUGUCGAAAAAGGUCCCUAGUCCUCCUCCACACACAGCUGAACCGUUACCAGUCCGUCCAUGGAGAGGAAGAGGGAGAAUGGUCCGUAUCCAUAACAUCCUUCGACGAACUUUCCGCGCUGUCCGCUUUCUUUAGGAGCUCCACAGAGUACGAGUGGAAGGAAAGUGUGACCUCAUGGCUUAUUUUAUUUUGUACUUUAUUUUUCUUUUUUCCCCUCUUUAUUAAGAGGGAAAAGAAUCAAAAAAUAAAAUAGAAUAAACUCUACAUAUUCUUUUUUAAACCCUUUCUAAGGAUCGCUUUCAACCGCCAUUCCUCAAAUUUGUGGUUCGGGACGAUUAAGUCUAGUAGGACUUAUGGGUACCGUGUAUCCAUCAGGACAGAAGGUAGAGAGUUGGGCCUCGGAAGAGAAGGUAGAAAAACGAUACCGUUGAAAUAAAAAAAAAUAAAAAAAAA